AGAAGCCUCCCCAGUAAGGAAGCUUUCCCACCGCGGAGCAGCUAGACGCGCGGGCCGUCUCAGCUGUCCACUGGGGGUCGCCAACACCCUCGCUCGGGUCCCAGGGCCGCAAUCACUCCUGGAGACCUCCAGUGCUUCUUUCAGAGCCACAGCAGGGCAAGUGGUGCCACCGCGCGCUAACCUGGCGCGGCCGUGACGUCAGGCUUGUGCUAGAUUGGCAAUUGGCUAGAGGCAUGUGGCGCGGACGGACACUGGCGCGAGCGAUUGGAUAUGCUGUUAGGGGGCGGGGCCUGGAGGCGGAGCAUGCUGCGGAGAGGAUUGAAGUACUGCUCUCCCCACAGCUUCUCAGCACCUGCAGCCGGAAUCUCUGUGUUCUAGGCCAGAUCAGACAUUCUGUCACAAUGCCUGAAAUAAAUACCAGCCAUCUUGAUGAAAAACAGGUUCAGCUUCUAGCAGAGAUGUGCAUUCUUAUUGAUGAAAAUGACAAUAAAAUUGGGGCUGACACCAAGAAAAAUUGUCACCUUAAUGAAAACAUCGACAAAGGAUUAAUACAUCGAGCUUUUAGUGUCUUCUUGUUUAAUACUGAAAAUAAGCUCCUGUUACAGCAGAGAUCAGAUGCUAAAAUUACCUUUCCAGGUUGCUUCACCAAUAGUUGCUGUAGUCAUCCAUUAAGUAACCCAGGCGAGCUGGAAGAGAACAACGCCAUUGGUGUGAAGCGAGCAGCACAACGGCGCUUAAAAGCCGAGUUGGGAAUACCCUUGGAAGAGGUUGAUCUAAAUGAAAUGAAUUAUCUAACAAGAAUUUACUACAAGGCCCAAUCGGAUGGUAUCUGGGGUGAACAUGAAGUUGAUUACAUUCUGUUUCUGAGGAAGAAUGUCACCUUGAAUCCAGAUCCCAACGAGAUUAAGAGCUAUUGCUAUGUCUCAAAGGAAGAAGUCAGAGAACUUUUGAAGAAGGCAGCCAGUGGUGAAAUUAAGUUAACUCCGUGGUUUAAGAUAAUUGCAGAUACUUUCCUCUUCAAAUGGUGGGAUAACUUAAACCAUUUGAGCCCAUUUGUUGACCACGAGAAAAUACAUAGAUUGUAAAUGUGUAAAUGAUUUGAAAGUUUUUCUACCUGGUAAGAAUGGUUUCGUUUGGUUUUAAGUUGGGCCCUCUUGUAUGAUGCACAGGUAUUUUACAACCAGAAUUUGUUUUGAGAAAAGAAAAACUCAACUAGCUUACAGUUUUAUAUUAUAUAUCCCAUAUAUAUGCACUGAUGUCUGUAAAAGACAUUUGGGAGAGGUUAUUGGNAAAUUAUGCCAUAAGUAAAACUUAAUUUAGCCUGUCCAAAUACCUGGCUAUGACAAGAUUGAGGAAAUAACUAGAACUCAUAUUUUACAUUUUGACAGACACUUUCAGAACACUUUGCUAAUUGCCAAGUGUUUUCUAUAUCUUUAGAUUUUUAUCAUACAUCAGAAAAUUGAGCAGAAAACACUGCUUGGCUGCUUUAAAACAGCACUAAGAGGUGAAAUGGGCAGGGCUCAGGAUACGGCUGAGUGUACCAUGAUUGUCUUGUAGGCAUGAUGUCAUGGCUGUUGAGUCCCUAAUCCUAAAGAUAAUUGUAACAACAAUAGCAACAGACAGAGCAGGUUCAGAGGAAAGUACAUGGCUCUCUCGGUCUUCAUACAGCAUGGUUAAUCUCAGGAAUCCCUGUAUAACCAAUACUGUGGAUGCUCAAGUCAAUAGAACGUAUUNUAUUUGCAUAUUACUGACUACACUUCACCUCAUCUCUGGCGUGGUCAUGACACUAAACACAGCGUAAAUGCUCAUGUAAAUGAUUGUUGUACUAUGCUUUAUGAUAAGGAGAAGUUUGCAUGUGCGGUACAGAUCAAAUAUUAAUAGAUAGUUGCUUGAGCCCCUGGAGGUUUGACCCACAGAUUUAAAAGGCCAGUUCUGUAUACUAGUUUUUGUCAUUCUCAGUUGAUUUUGUGCUUUAGCCAUCCUGAAGUUACUAUUUUUCUACUUAAAGGUAACUGUUACUUUUGGUAGUAAUGGUAACUGAUUAGCUAUGCAGCAAAAUCUGCUUACAGUCCUAGUGAUAAAGAUGGUUAGUCAUAAGGUGGGAGUGAGUUCUACUCUAAAGAGUUGGGAAAACCUUUGACUCUACCAUGGCGGGCNCUGGAUACUCUUGUUGGAGGGGGUCUGGUUUGAGUUAGAUAAUUUAGUAGCAUUAGCACCCCUUUGUUAAGA